AUGGCCAUAUCGUUUGAUGACGAGAACAGCAACCACAGCAGUAGCCAUGCCAUGAGCGAAGACGAGGCCACCAAGAGCAGCAGUCACUGUGAUGAAUCUUCUGAAUCCGAUGAAUCCGAUGGAGGCUGGUCGGACGAAGAUGAAGACAGCGACUCGGAAGACCAUGAAGAUGAUCUCUUUUUGCCCGAAAAGAGCACUUCUGUGUAUAAUCAUGUGAGCAGUACCGGUGGCAACACCAGCAAGAGUUGGGAUGCUGCCACAGCGGCCAUCGCUAGUACUACUACUACUAGUACUAGCAGUAACAACAACAACAACAAUCAUCAGCCCGAAGACGUGAUUGAUCAGCAUCAACUCAAACUAGCCAUGCAGAAAAAGAGAAUGGAAGCGAUGCAACAGCAACAACAGGCAUUAGAAGAACACGUCAGCCGAUCGCCCCCGCAGCCAGCACCCACACAACGGAAAGUACGACGAAAGAGUCGCAAAUCCUUCAAGUCACCGCGAUCCGAAAAGGAGCGUCUCAAGGUGGAAGAAGCCGUAGAGGAGGAGGAAGAAGAAGAGGAGGAAUCCGAGUCGUCUUCGGAAGAGUCCGAGAGUGACUCGGACGAUUCGUCGGACGAAGAGUCCUCUUCCAGUGACGAAGACGAUUUCUCGGAUGAAGACUCGACGUCUUCGGAGUACGAGUCGGAAGAGGACGGUGGAGAGGACGAAUUCUCCGGUGACGACAAUGAUGAUGAAGUGGCGAGACAGGAACAAAACGUCAAGACGGUCACGCAAGUCAUGAACGUCGAUGGGGCGGCUCAUGAACGGUUCCUCGCCUUUCUCAAAAAGAAGAAUCAAGGCAAUCACAAUAGCAUGAGCAAUAUCAACAAUCAUCAUCAUCAUCAUCAUCAAGAAGAACCAAAGGCACCGCCGUCACCCACCAAAAAGCAGCGAAAGAAAUCAAACAAAUACUCCAAAUUGGGAGUUAGUAUUGGACAUCUCAAUACCAGUCAAGGAGAACUCCAGCAUGAAGAGGGCGGUGAAGAAGAACAUCAUCACAAGCGCAAAAAGAACAAAAAAGCCAAAAAGAAAAAGGAUAAAAAGAAAAAGGACAAGAAGAAAAAGAAGUCUCGAGAGAAGAAGGCCAAGAAAGAGCUCGUUGCCAAAGGUGGCUUCGAUUGGACGGCGUACUCUUUGGAACAAAAUGGCGGCAAGAAAGUCAAGAAGAAAAAGAGUAAAAAACCUCCCAAACGAGCCAAAAGCGAUGGUGACGGCAAAAAGACCAAGAAAAAGACCAAAAAGGGCAUGCAACGGAGCAAGUCCGAUAUGGGUGAAAUGAGCCCCGUCAAAAAACGUGCCAGCAAGAAACACGUCAAGGCCGAUGGAGCGUAA